GUGACGACAGCAGGCCACGUCUUUAAGCGCGUCACGUGACUCACACGCGCGCGCCCAAAGUUUGCUUCUUUCGAUUGGCUGCUAGUUGUAAAAGCAAAAGCACGGCCUCCUGUGAUUGGCUAGCGUUCGCCCAGGACCGCGCCGGGUCCAAAUGGAGCAAGCCAGCAAGAUGUCGCGCAGGUGCGAGCGCUGCGUGCUUUUCAUCGCCGCGCUCUCCCUUUGCGCCGCCGCCGCCGCACGCCGCUUCCCCACGUUGGAGCACCUGAAGUCGCGAGCCGACGACAAGACGCAGGGCGCAGCGGUGGCGGAGCUGCUGAGGCGCCUGCUCGGCACCAGAUCGGCGGAGUUCGUCGUCGUCGUCGACGGGAGCCUCUCCGACGACAGCCUGGACGUGUGCGAGCUCAGGUCGACCAAGAACAACAAGAUCGUCGCCACGGGCAACACCGGCGUGUCCGUGGCCUCUGGGAUUUACAACUACUUGAAAUAUUUCUGCAACUGCCACGUUUCCUGGUCCGGCGAUCAAGUGGCCUUGCCCCGCCCUCUCCCUCGUCUCUCCGGCGUCCUCCGCAUCAACACCCAGCACAGGUUCCGCUACUACCAGAAUGUCUGCACCGCCAGCUAUUCCUCCGUGUGGUGGGACUGGCCGAGGUGGGAGAGAGAGAUCGACUGGAUGGCGCUUAAUGGAAUCAAUCUUCCGUUGGCUUUCACUGGCCAAGAGGCCCUUUGGCAAGAGGUUUACCGCGCUCUUGGUUUAAACCAAUCCGAAAUCGAAGAAUUCUUCGCCGGUCCGGCCUUUCUCGCCUGGAACCGCAUGGGUAACCUGUUCGAGUUUGGCGGACCUCUGCCACAGUCCUGGCAUGUGAACCAGCUGACCCUCCAAUUUAAAAUCUUGGAACGAAUGAGAUCAUUCGGCAUGAUCCCAGUGCUGCCGGCCUUCUCCGGGAACAUCCCCAGGGGAAUCCUCAGGUUGCAUCCAGAGGCAAACGUAACAAGAUUGGGGCCAUGGGCUCACUUCAACUGCAGUUACUCGUGCUCCUAUAUCUUGGACCCUAGGGACCCGCUUUUCCUCCGGAUCGGUUCCCUCUACCUUUCCCAGGUGAUCAAGCAAUUUGGAACGAAUCACAUCUACAACACGGACACCUUCAAUGAGAUGCUUCCACCUUCCUCGGACCCCGCUUACCUGUCAGCUGUCAGUCGUUCCGUCUUUGCCUCAAUGACUGCUGCUGAUCCUCAGGCAAUUUGGCUGAUGCAGGGAUGGUUGUUCUUUAGUGCUGCAAGUUUCUGGAAGCCUGCCCAGAUUCAGGCCCUACUACACGGCGUGCCCCUUGGACGGAUGAUCGUGCUCGACUUGUUUGCGGAGACCGAGCCGGUUUUCUCCUACACCGAGUCUUUCUACGGACAGCCUUUCAUCUGGUGCAUGCUGCAAAACUUUGGCGGCAACAGCGGUCUGUUUGGCACAGUAGAAAGUAUCAACUCUGGGCCCUUCGAAGCCUUGCAUUUCCCCAACUCCACCAUGGUCGGCGUAGGUAUGUCACCCGAGGGCAUUGAGCAGAAUCCCGCCAUGUACGAGUUAAUGAGCGAAUUGGCGUGGCGCAAGGAGCCAGUCAACUUAGUUAAGUGGGCGUCUCUGUAUGCCGUACGCCGUUAUGGCACUACGCGCGACAGUCUGAUCACCGCGUGGAGACUCCUGUUUUCCAGCGUCUACAACUGCACCGUGCCACAUUAUCGAAAUCAUAACCACAGCCCGCUGGUGCGCCGGCCUUCCCUUCACAUGAACACUGACCUUUGGUACAACCCGGCGAACUUGUUCAAAGCGUGGAAACUCCUCAUCGAAGCGUCUCCGUCUCUCAUGUCUGAGGAAACCUUCCGGUACGAUCUUGUGGAUGUUACUCGGGAGGUUUUACAAGUUCUAACAACGUCGUUUUACCUGGAUAUCACAGAUGCCUUUCAUAAACAAAAGUUGCCAGAACUGCUCAUUUCAGCCGGGGUCCUCAUCUAUGACCUUUUGCCAGAACUCAAUCGUUUGCUAUGUAGUGAUCGCAACUUCCUGUUGGGGAAAUGGCUGGAGCGGGCGAAAUCCUCAGCUAUUGAUGAGGAGGAGGCCAAGCUAUAUGAUAUGAACGCCAGGAACCAGCUCACUCUAUGGGGCCCGAGUGGUGAAAUCCAAGACUAUGCCAGCAAAGAGUGGGGAGGCCUCAUGGAGGACUACUACGCCCAACGGUGGGGCCUGUUUGUCCAAACACUGGUGGGGUGUCUGCACAGCGGGCAGCCAUUUAAGCAAGAUGCUUUCGACCAGGCAGUUUUCCAGGUGGAAAAGGGAUUUAUUUAUAAUGGUCGAAAAUACCCCACAGAGCCUCAAGGUGACACGUACGAGAUCACCCGCAGGAUCUUCCUAAAGUAUUACCCACAGGCCUUGAACACCUUGAAAAGACUAUCAUGAUCAGCAGAGACUACAGUUUCCAUAAAUGCAUGCGGCAAGAAGAAUGUGACUUCUUAAGCGCUAUCCCAAACUUUCGGAUGGAGAAAAUCCUGUUUUUAGCGCUUUCCUGAAAUGUCGCAAAUGACGACGGCGUACGUCGAGUACUUUGCCACACUGUGGUGCGAAGCGCGCCGAGCCGAUACUCGCAUUCACCACUGCCUUUCGCUAACAGUCAAAACAUUGGUAUUUGCUAUUAUUGUGUGUAUAAAGUCAAGAUACGGUUGCUGUCAGUUUGUAAGUUGACAUGUCAAUACUUUUGAAGGGCUUCUAAUUAAUGAGUUGAAAUCAUUAACAAGCUUCUGGCAUAAUUCUAGCUGGAUGCUUGACAACUGUUCUUGGCAGAAUUGGUAGGGUUCAUUUUAAUUGGUUGGUGUCCCGGCACUAGGAUCGGGAAUUGAUCAGAAUUGGGUGAUUCCGAUGACGUGGCUGAUACUGCGUAUCGAUCCGAUUCUCCGUGAUUCUCAAUGGGCGAGGGGAUGAAAAAUACAAAAUAAAAUGGAUGAUAUUUUGGAUGAA